AAAAAAUAAAAUAAAAAAUCCAUUAGAAAUGCCCUGUAUCGUCUCAUGUUGGGAAGUGAGUGAGGGAGUCGUGACGCAUCCAUCAGACAUAUCAAUCUAGUCCUUGCACAGACGAGCACUACCCAUGGCGUUCCCAACCGAGCCUCUCUCCCACCUCCUCCAAUCCGCCACUUCCAGUCUACUCUCCCUCCUCACCUCUCACCAAACCACCUCGCUUUCACCCUCUCAUACCUCACCACCUAAAAUCUGCCUCCCACUCCUCCUCCCCUUCAACUCGUCUUUUCCCGACUCCGCAGUCAAGGGCGGCGUCCCAUCCUCCUACGAUUCCACCUCCUCCUCCGCGUUCCCUUCUACCGUCAGGAUUUCCGGCCUCAACUCCAAUGGCGGGGGCGGUGGUCCCGCCUUCGUGGGCCAGGUCUUCAGUAUGUGCGACCUUUCCGGGACCGGUCUCAUGGCCGUUUCCACCCACUUCGACAUUCCCUUCCUCUCCAAAAGAACACCCGAUUGGCUCAAAAAGAUUUUUGCAACAAUUACCAAGAGCGAGCGAAAUGGACCUGUAUUUCGUUUUUUUAUGGAUUUAGGUGAUGCAGUGGCAUAUGUUAAGAGGCUGAAUAUCCCAAGUGGCGUGGUGGGUGCCUGUCGUCUUGAUUUAGCAUACGAGCAUUUCAAGGAAAAACCCCAUUUGUUCCAGUUUGUUCCAAAUGAGAAACAGGUCAAGGCUGCUAAUAAGCUUCUGAAGACAAUCCCACAGAAUGGAGGAAGCAAAAAGGUUGAUGGUGUUCCAGUUUUUAGUGCUCAAAACCUGGAUAUUGCAAUAGCUUCGAUAGAUGGGAUUAAGUGGUAUACUCCGUACUUCUUUGAUAAAAACAUCCUUGAUAAUAUUCUUGAGGAAUCUGUUGAUCAACACUUCCAUUCUUUAAUUCAAAUUCGGCAUAUGCAACGCCGACGAGAUGUUAUUGAUGACAACACGGGGGCAGAAGUAAUUGAAGAGAUUGGUGAUAGCUUAUGGGAGCCUCCCGAGGUUCAAGAAGUGCUGGAUGAGAUGGGUAAUCCUGGAAUACCUUUAAGUGUUAUUUCCAAAGCUGCUGAAAUGCAGCUCCUUUAUGCAGUUGACAAAGUGAUCCUCAGUAACAGGUGGUUGCGGAAAGCCACUGGCAUACAACCAAAGUUUCCAUAUAUGGUUGACUCAUUUGAGAAAAGGAGUGCAGCUUCUGUUCUGAGAGCAUCUGAGUCCAGUAGCUGUCUUGCCAACUCUCAAAUGGGAAAUGAUAGUAAACAUUCUCAUCACCAAGACACUUCAGAGCCCAAAUUAAAAGAUGCUAUUGAAGCUAAUCAAGGGCACAAACCUGAUUUCAGGUUACCUUUUAGAGAUUUGUUAAGUCAUCUGUUGUCAAAAAAGUCAAUCCGAACAGGAGACUCGUUGAAGGAAUGCAUAAAACAAAACAUACAGCCAAAUUCUCUUCUUCCAAAGAUUACAAUGGUUGGAAUCUCAACUGGGGAGUCAGGUCAAAUGAGCAAAGCCAGUUUAAAUAAGGCAAUGGAGGAUCUAAUAAAAGAGUUGGAGCAGAGAGAGGGAAAUGCCACAGGCAGCAGCAGCAGCAGGAAUGAGUUCAAAAUUGAAGAUAGGGAUCCACUAUUUGUGGCAAAUGUGGGCGAUUACUAUUCUGGCAGGGCAAAGACUGGUUCAGCACGAUGGAUUCGUGGUAGAAAUAUUGAGAGGACCUGAUUGAUGAGAUAGUUGCUUCUGGAGUGAAUUGUGAAUAUUUAGUCCUGGAAUACAUACUCCCUCCCCCACCAAAAAAAGGAAGGCAAGAGAGAUUAAAAGAAAAAAAAAGGGCUAAAUGGUGAUCCAUUGUUUUACUGGUCAUAUUUCUUUCAUGGAUGCCAGCCUCUUGGGUCUCUGUACCCGUGCCUGCAUUAUGUCUACAUCCAAGUUUUGCCAUCUGAUCUAUGUUGUAAAGGAUAAUUACAAACAGGUAUCGUUGAUCAUCUGGUUAAAUUUUGAACUGUUAGAUGCUUGUAUAACAGAUAGAGGAAAGACAAAUCCCUGUUUGCAGUUCCUCCGGUCAUGGAUACAAUUGCAGAAUUUUUAAGUAAUAAAGCUUCUUCAUAUACGCUUUUACGACUGGAA